AUGGCGCGUGGCUCUUCUCGAGGGAGUGCGAUCAUGGGGCCACUGUGUGUAUGUGCGCUGUGCUUCUUCACGGCCACCUUCGUCGGGCCGCUGGGUGCGAACGCGCCCCGCGGAUGCCGCACGCGGCGGCAGGUGGCCACGGAGACGGAGACGGCCUUCGAGACGGAGACGGAGCCGGUCGAGGUGGAGGACUUCUAUGAACUGCUUGGUGUCUCCGAGGAGGCGGACGUGAAGGAGAUCAAGGCGGCAUUCCGACAAGCGGCCCGCCUCACGCAUCCCGACUUCUUUCGGACAAAGCCGAAGGAGGAGCGGGAAAAAGCACAGGAGCGUUUCACCCAGGUGAACAAGGCCUUUGAGGUUCUCACGGAUCCCAAGAAGCGCCAAGCCUAUGACUUGCGAGGCUUGGCGGGCCUGGCCGAGUUCGAGUUCAACGGCGAGCGGAUCAUCAUGCCCCCGCCCUGGCGGGUGCGUGUGGGCUACACGGGGCACCACUUCUGGAAGAUGAAGGAGUACUUUGUGGGCUUCAUGUUGGAGACGCUGCCGGACGUUUCCCACGAAGUCAUCCUCAGUGCCUUCGAAGAGGCCACCAAGGAUCCGAUUGGAGUGGGACAGGCGAUCCUGGUGGACCGAUGCACAGAGAAGCACGCGAAGGAUGUGGUGGAGGCCCUCCAAGAGUAUGGCCUCGUUUGUAUGUGUGAGGAGGUGCCCGACGAAGAGCUUCGCGAAGAGGAAGAUGAAGAGGAGGCGGAAGAACCCAAGCCGAAGCCCGUGGUCAAGCAAGCGCCUACCCAGCCCAAACCAAAGCCUCAGCCGGUGGUCAACCAAGUGCCUCCAACUCCACCGAAGCCACAGCCUCAGCCGGUGGUCAACCAAGUGCCUCCAACUCCACCGAAGCCACAGCCUCAGCCGCCGGUGGUCAACCAAGUGCCUCCCACCCCGCCCAAACCAAAGCCUCAACCUGUGGUCAACCAAGCGCCUCCAACUCCACCAAAGCCAAAGCCGCUAGUGGACAGGACGCCAAGCAAGAAGUCUCCGACUCCCAUAUCACCCUCCCCUGCACCAGAGCCUCCCUUAAAGUGGCGUUGGCCCCACUCAGCAAGGUCCCCACCGUGUUACCAAGCGUCGGAGGUGAUCUUCAAGCGUCGCCGGUAG